CUGAACAAAUACAUUUAUUUUUCUUUGUAGAAUACGAGAGAACACCGCGCUGUGGAAACGGCCCAGAACUUCUCUCCAUAAAACCCACGGCCGGCGGCUGCAAAGUACUCCCUCGGCCAGGCGAAGUGCAAGCUCCCCACCUCCGCCCUAAGUGACCCCGCCGGCUGCCGUAGCGGGGCACCACGGGACUUGUAGUCGCUUUCCCUCCUGCCCGCGCGUUCUGGGGGAGUUUCCCCGCUCCCAGCGGGCUCCGCGCGCGUCAAAGGGCGAAUGGGGCAGCGGAGGGGAAGCUGGGGGAGGCGGUGCGGACUACGUUUCCCACGGUGCCCCGCGACCGGCUAGGCGCGGCGAUUGGCGGAACCGGCGCGACAGUUGAAUUCCGGCGGGGAGAGAGGCGCGAUGGAGGUGUCCUCGCUCGUCAGGAAGCUGGGUCAUGAACUGGUAGAGAUAAGAGAACGGUCGCUGAAGAGCAUUCUGUUUAAAUUGGAUCAUAACUUGGUUUCCUACGCUGAUCUGGUCCGUGAGAAAGUGCUUUUCCCCAGUCUCUUGGAGUGGUUCAACUUUCCCAUAGUGCCAAUGAAGGAGGAAGUGCUGAAUUUUGUGAGCCGUUUGAUCAAGCAUCCACCUGCUGCUCAGAAAAUGAUUGGAAUUGGUGCAGUGGAGUUCUUCUCUCAGCUUCGCUCUGAUGUGGAUCCAAACUUGCAGGCUAUAAUAGAUGGGAUAGUGGAUGGACUGUUUUACUUCCUUCUGAAAUUCCUUCUAGUUAUUUAUCAGAGUGUUACCAAACUCAGUCUCAGCCUUCGUUAGAUCAACCAGUUCUGCCUCAAGAGGAAUUAUUUACUGGAUAUUUUGGUCAAGAGAGGAGUCGUAUGCACCAGUUAGAAAUACCUCUGAAAAGAACACUUGCGAAAUGCUUGAAAUUUUCCACAUUUCCUUGGCUAACUCUUACUUCAACAGAUAGACACAUUCUGUCAUCAAAUGAAAGUUCUUUAAGAAGUAGCAACCAAAGUUUAAUUUGGAGUACAUGUGAACUUCUUCAGGAUGUGAUUAUGCAAGAUUUUCCUGCUGAGAUCUUCCUUCAGAGACCAAAGAUUGUACAGAGCCUUUUAUCUCUACUAAACUUAGCUUUUGGAGGAGAUGGGAGACAUCGAUUAGCUUUACAGGCUGUAUCGUGUCUGCAACAGCUGUGCAUCUUUCUAAGAGGCAGACUUAACUUCCACAGAGAUCCAGGUUUUUUUUCCACUGAGCAGGGCACAACUUCCCAGAAUUCUUCUAUGUCUUACUGUGAAGAAGCAAGAGGUGCUCCUCGUUCUCAGAAUCCAUCACCUGGAAGUAGUAGUCCUCGGCCGUCUGUGAUUGGACGAACAGUUCAGCGUCCUAGAGGAGAUGGUCAAGAUUGGGAUGCAGCAUCUUCUAGUGGAAACAGUACUCAAGCAAAUGCAGACUCGAGAAUCUCUCUGCAUUCUCCACUUGACGCAGGACAUACUGACCUACCAGAUAUUGAAAAUGAGGACACUUUGGAAUUACAGAUGAAACAGUUUAGCCUUCCUCAGUUCUGUGUUUCCAUCUUGGAAAAUGCUAUACCUCUUUUAAGAACAGGUGAGAAAUUUUUGAACUUUAUUUCACUUUAACCUAUCCGUUUCUGUACCAACCUGUUAGGAACAUUGGUAUUAUGAGACGUAGGUGAUUACUGAUAUGUGGUAGUUAAUUGUAACGGCUUUUUUCUAGAG